UGGUUUAAAAAAUCUAAACUCUAAGAAAGAACCAAAGGCAAUAAUCUGAGUUAUUAAUCUUUGCUUCCCUAUGCCUUACAAGUAAUUGUGCAACAGUUGGAAACUGGGUGGAAAGAAGCUGAUGGAUUGGAGCAAGCAGUGUCUGGGACCAACAAGGGGUUAAAUUUUAUUGCUUUCAUUUUGUAGGUCUCUAUCUUACCUAGCAACUGAUGAUACCAGGUAUCUUUCCCUGUUCUUAUUGGAGAAGGCCUUUUGAAUUGCUCAAUUACCAAAUUUCCGGGUGAGCGGUAGAGUACAGGUUCUCAAAAGAUUCACCAGGGGCCUGUAAUCACUUGGAGUAAAAGAAUCUGGAAAGAAAAGGAUGUUACUUGGGGUUAAUGAUGCUCCUCUUCCUUCUCCUCACAGUACCCUGGGUGCAGCACAGCCAUGCCCGGACUCACUCUCUGAGAUAUUUUCGUCUGGCUGUUUCACACCCUGGCCCUGGAGUCCCUGAGUUUAUCUCUGUUGGGUACGUGGACUCACACCCUAUCACUACAUACGACAGUGUCACCCGGCAGAAGGAGCCAAGGGCUCCAUGGAUGGCAGAGAACCUGACACCUGAUCACUGGGACAGGUACACUCAGCUGCUGAGGAGCUGGCAGCGGACAUUCAAGGAGGAGCUGAAGGGCCUACAGAAGCACUACAACCACUCAGGGCUUCACACUUACCAGAGAAUGAUUGGCUGCGAGUUGCUGGAAGAUGGCAGCACCACAGGGUUUCUCCAAUAUGCAUAUGAUGGACAAGAUUUCAUCGUCUUCAAUAAAGACACCCUCUCCUGGGUGGCUGUAGAUAAUGUAGCUCAAAUCACCAAGCAGACAUGGGAGGCCAACCUGCAUGAGUUGCAAUACCAAAAGAACUGGCUGGAAAAGGAAUGCAUUGCCUGGCUCAAGAGGUUCUUGGAGUACGGAAAAGAUACCCUAGAAAGGACAGAACCUCCAGUGGUAAGAACAAGUCGAAAGGAAACGUUUCCGGGGAUUACAACUCUCUUCUGCAGAGCUCAUGGCUUCUACCCACCAGAAAUUUUUAUGACGUGGAUGAAAAAUGGGGAAGAAAUUGCCCAAGAAGUGGAUCACGGAGGAGUGCUUCCCAGUGGGGAUGGAACCUAUCAAACGUGGGUGUCGGUUGAUCUGAAUCCUCAGAGCAAAGACAUUUAUUCUUGUCAUGUGGAGCACUGUGGCCUCCAAAUGGUUUUUGAGACUCCUCAGGAAUCUGAAAUCGUUCUAGUAGUGAACACGGUCUCUGGGACCAUAAUCCUCACCAUUGUCCUGGCUGGAGUUGGCGUUCUGAUCUGGAGAAGAAGGUCUCAAGGGUAAAAAGAAGCCGACUACCAUUCCACUCCAGACAAUGAGUGCGGUUCUCCCUCCUAGGAGCCAGGAUCUCUGCUCUCAGGCCCCAACACGUUUGUUGUCGGAAGCCUUGGCCAAACUCCUGACACAGGGGGGAUUUAGAGAAUUGAGCGUUUGUGACAACAAGACAGGAGCUACCAGUUUUUCUUUGUUCUUUGGUUCCUGAAGAGCUGUCAACUUUCAGGCUCUUUAUGGACUGACUCCUUUAUCACCGUCGACGUUGAAUACACUCUGUCUCACGACCCAAUACUUCCCAACAUCCUAUGUCUCCAUGAUGAUUUACAAGUAGAUUACAGAGUCUCAGAGAUGCAAGGAACUUCCUCACUGUAGCAGGAGACGUCUUCCUAUAAUGCCACAGAUGUGAGCAUCCAGCCUCCACUUGACACCAUGUGAGGAUCCCCCAUUCCACCACAAGACAGCCUUUCUUGUUCAUUUUCUCUCCUGAGAAUGUUUGCCAUGUAAGAACCUUGACUAUCAUGGCUUUGACUGUGAAUCUAGGGUUGGACCAACCCAUGAGAACAGCCAGCAAGUUUUCUAAACAGUCUGAGAAUGGGCUAGUCAUUAAACACAUAUCAUGGCCCAAGAGGAAACAGAAGCACCAUGUUCAAGGCGGCUCUGCCAGAGAGCUUGGGAUAUUGGAAAUGUGUCUAGCUAUAGCAAUGACUUCACUUUUUAUUGCUUCUGUGGGAAAUUAGAACAAUAAUUUAUACAGCUGAAUGUGAUGGGACUCCUAUAAGCCCAAUACUAGGAAACUGAGGCAGAUGGAUUUUAAGUUUGGGGCUAGCUUAAGCUACACAGUGAAACUAUCUAAAACAAGCAAAAACAAAACCAAAAGCCCUUAACAGAACAAAACCAGUAAUUACCAGACAUAUUAUCUCCUCCAAUGGAACUACAGAGAACUCCAGUCACUUGUAAUAUUUGAAUGUGAAAAUAAUGGCAUUUAG